AUGGACAACGGGGCGGUUUCCGAGGCGUUCGCAGUGAGCAAUGGAGUGAGGCAGGGCUGCGUACUAGCGUCCACCCUCUUCAGUCUCAUGCUUCUCGGCAUGCUGGUGGACGCCUACUGUGAUGAGAGCCCCGGGAUCCGUAUCACCUACACGACCGACGGAUACCUCAACAACCGACGAAUGCAGACCUCGACGCGUCUCUCCACAGCUACUAUCCACGAUCUGUUCUUCGCCGAAGACUGCGUACUCAACAGUACGGCCGAAGCAGAUAUGCAAUAGAGCAUUGAUUUCUUCGCCUAGAACUGCCGCCAGUUCGGCUUGACCAUCAAUACGGAAAAAACGGUGGUCAUGCAUCAACAGCUACCGAACGCUGAGUUCAGUGUCCGUCGCAUCCAUGUCAAUCGCACCGAACCGAAGACUGCGGACGGCUUCACCUACUUAGGUAGCAACACGUCACACAUCAAAAUUGACGACGAAAUGGCCACCGGGUCUUUAAAGUCAGCCAAGCUUUCGGCCAGCUGCAGAACUCGCCACGACCUUUGCCUGACAACCAAGUUGAAGAUGUAUAAGGCCGUCGUCCUGACCGUCCACUCCAGUCAUGCCAGGAAGCUCAAUCACUUCCAUCUCAGUUGCCUUCGCAGAAUACCGUAGCUGAGAUGGCAAAACAGGAUCCUGGACACGGAAUUCCUCUAACGGAAAGAAAUCCUCAGCAUCCAUGCCAUGUUGAGACAACUGAAACUACGUUUGGGCGGCCAUCUUGUAAAAACGGAAGACGCACGUCUGCCGAAACAACUCUUCCAUGGAGGUGUCACUACGGGUACUCGUCGACAGGGAGGAAAAAACGACAAUACAAGGACACUCCGAAGAACGCUCUGAAACGACUGCAUAUAAAUCCAGAGACCUGAGAUCUCGUCCAGAACAGACCGGUCAAAUGAGUAUCCGUGACAGCAGAAACCACCACAGUAUCGACACACCUUGAACACCCGCUAUGCCUUGCCCAAUCGACACCUCAGUGUCCGGCGUGCCCACUACCACCGCCGCCGCCACGGUCACCACCACCACCACCACCACCACCACCACCACCACCACCACCACCACCGCGAGAAAGAUAUACCUCUAG